AUGGUAUUUGAAAGACUGAGUUUCGUUCUGACGGCAGCGCAUUGCAUAUCUCCUCUUUACACGACCGUGCGAUUGGGCGAUUACCUAACGGUGGAUCCUGAGGAUGAUUGCUCUACGGGUGUUUGCAUACCAAGAGCCUAUAUUAAAAAUGUCGAUAUGAAAUUGACUCACGAAAAUUUCGAUUCAGACCCAUACGGUCGGUAUGAUAUAGCCCUGCUUCGAAUGACUGACGUGGUAAUGUUCUCAGACUAUGUCAGACCGAUAUGCCUCCUCCUCAAUGCAAAAAUGAAAAAAGUUUUACAAUUUAAAGUCACCGGCUGGGGUAGGCGUGAAAAUGGUGAAAUGAGUCGCGUUCUACAAAAAACAACUCUAUCUAGAAUUGAUAGUUCAUACUGUGAAAGCCAUUUUAUUACGAAGACUGAUCAGACCCAGAUUUGUACUGGCAGUUAUUCUAGUGAAACCUGCAAUGGGGACUCUGGAGGUCCUUUAAGCGCAGAGGUUUGUUACAAGGGACAAUUUCGUCCGUUUCUGUACGGUGUGGUCAGCUUUGGAUCUCAAAAUUGUACAACUGGAGGUGUAGGUGUUCACACAAAUGUGGAAGAAUUUAUUGACUGGAUUGUGAGUGCUGUGAAUCGUUAUUCAUACAACUAAA